GUCACACCACAAGUGAACUGUCUCUGACCUUCAGAUGUCCCAGCAGUCCGUCGAUCCAGAGGAGACACAUCGAGGAGAUACUCUUACUCACACAGAGUUUCCAUUUAUCAUAAAGCACAAUGUCAGAGAGCGAAGGACUUCAGCGCAUCCGCAGCCCUCUUCAACCUCCAGCAGCAAUAUUAGUAUGUGCCCAGGUGAUCAUGGGGGUCAUGCCCUUCGCUCAGUUGGUCGUAGGAGCAGUGUACCAACAUGACUGUCCGAGGCAGCCCUACAUCCCCAUCUACCUGUUGGUGAUGGGCAUCGUCUCCCUGCUUCUGACCGUGCUCUCCAUCCUGCCCUGCUGUGCCAGCUUCGGGAAUCAAAGCAAGACCUGGAGCUGCCUUGUCUUUCUCUUCUUCCUCUGCUGGUUCAUCGCUGGUAAUGUGUGGAUUUAUUCCAUCUAUGAACCCAACUAUAACAAGACGAUUUCCAGCCUGGACACCUACUGCAACAAGACGCUCUACCUGUUUGCCUUCUGGACCACCAACCUCUUCUACAUCCUGUGGGGUUUCAUCAUUUUCUGCAGCUGUUGCUCAUGUCUCCUGUGUGGCAACGAAUAAACACACAUGGAGUGGUCAGUGGAUGGAAUGACAGUAAACAUAAGAAUAUUUAACCGUGUUUUGAUGAUGUUUGAUUUUGCCUUUAAAGUGUGCCAUUAGAUUUUGUUUAAAGAGCAGUAGAAAGGAGAGUCUUACAUCACCUUAAUGCACCAUAUGGUUUAUUGUUCUGUAAAAUAUUAUAAUUUACAUACAGAAUACAAAGUUUUUGCAAAUGUUUUGUCAUAAUUAGCACAAGAAUUCUUGACUUAUGGUCAAAAACAUGUUUAAUGAGGUCACAGUGACCUUGACCUUUGACCCCUAAAAUCUAAUUGGUUCAUUCUUGAGUCCAAGUAGACAUUUGUGCCAAAUUUAAGAAAAUUCUUCCACAGCCUUUUUGAGAUAUGGCAUUCACAAGAAUGAGAUGGGUGAACGGUCACAGUGACCUUUGACCCCCUAAUCUUAUCCCUAAGUCCAAGUGGAUGUUUGUGCCAAAGUUGAAGAAAUUUCCUUAAGGUGUUAGUCACGUCGGUACCAAACUUGAAAAAGAACCCAGAGAGUUCUUGAGAUAUCACGAUCACAAGAAUGAGACAGAAGGUCACAGUGACCUUGACCUUUCACCACUACAUUCUAAUCAGUUAAUUCUUGAGUCCAAGUGAACAAAUGUGCCAAAUUUGAAAAACAACCCAGAGAGUUCUUGAAAUAUACCAUUCACAAGAAUAACACAGAAGGUCACAGUGACCUUGACCUUUGACCUACAAUGACCAAAAUCUUAUGAGUUCAUUUUUGAGUCCAACUGCAUGUUUGUGUUGAAAAAAAAUCCCUUACUGUGUUCUUGAGCUAUCGCAUUAACAACAAUGUGACAGAAGGAGGUCACAGUGACCUUGACCAUUGACAGUUGUGUAAAAUUGAAAAUGUUUCCCUGAAGUGUUCUUGACAUAUCACUUUCAUGAGAAUGAGACAAAAGGAGGUCACAGUGACCUUGACCUUUGAACUACAACCACCAAAAUAUAAUCAGUUCAUCCUUGAGUCCAAGUGGAUGUUUGUGCCAAAGUUGAAGAAAUACCCUUACCAUGUUCUUAAGAUAUCCCGCUAACGAGAAUGCUGAGGACGAGGUCACAGUGACCUUUGACCCCAAAAUCUAAUCAGUUUAUUCUUGAGCCCAAGCAGACAUUUGUGCCAAAGUUGAAGGAAAUCCCGUAAGGUUUUCUUGAGAUAUCACAUUAACAAGAAUGCAAAGGACAAGGUUAUAGUGACCUUGACCUUUGACCACCAAAAUCGAAUCAGUUCAUCAUUGAGUCCAAGUAGACGUUUGUGCCAAAUCUGAAAAAAAUUACCCUGAAGUGUUCUUGAGAUAUUACGAUCACAAGAAUGAGACAGAUGACAUCACAGUAACCUUUGACUAUGACCACCACAGUCUAAUCAGCUCAUCCUUAAAUCCAAGUUGAUGUUUGUGCCAAAGUUGGAGAAAUUUUCUUAAGGUGUU